ACCAAAUUAAUGGAAGUUAUUGCUUCUUCUAUCUUCUUCCCUGAAAAAAAAAUGAUCUUUUUCAGAGAAGAACCUUUUCUGAAGUAAUGCAAAAACCUUGUUUAAGUUUCUCUAAUUCUGCUAAUCAAAAGGGUUUGAUUUAUUAGAAUCAAAGUUUGAGAAAAAAAUGGGUAAGAAAUUAUUAAGCGCUGUUAAGUACAGGGCAUCAUUACAUUUGGUUCAAGGAGAUAAUAGAAGUUCCAAGGAUGGUCAAAAUGGUGGUGAUUGCAGUAAGAAAUUAAAUGCUAAGAAGUAUAGAGCUUCUCUUUUCAAGGCUCUGGUGGAAGGUAGCAGCAGUAAGAAGGAUAAAAAACCAGAUAAAAACCUGAAAAGACUAAAUGAUUUGCAACAAGGGGGUAAUGAGGGCAUGGAAUUGAAAGGAGAACUAACCCCAUCCUCCAAUGUUGUUAAAAGACAAAGAAAGGUUGUACAUGAUCAGUCUGGACUACCUGCUAAUUCAAAAUUUUCAAGUUCUCGAGAACUGGAGAAGGAGAUUUGUGGGCUAGCACCCAUUAUCAGGUGUCCUCAGAAUGGCAAGACGUCUGAAAGUUGCAUCCAAAUGGAUAGGACUGAGCAAGAUAUUCAUCUUGGAGAAGGUUAUCAGCCUGUUGUACCUGAUAAAACAGACAACCCGGUUCCUCCAGAAGUAGAAGAGGAUGGAGGGUGCCUUAGAGCAUCAUGCUGCAUGGAUCUACAACCCGCAAGGAUAGACAAUGAAACACCUCAAGUGUAUGGAAGGGAUCAAUCAGUAAUGUUGCCCGGUCAGCAAGAGCUCCAUCGGGAGAUCAAGGGAAUUCCUCAUAGUCAACACUCUUCCGACAAAGACGUCUUCACCAAACAGCAGACGACUGAUGCGGUUAAUAAAACAUCAAACAAUGAAUUUAUCUUUACCAAACAACAGACAAGUGAUUCUCAAAAAGCUAGUGGAUCACCAGAUAAUGAAGUUGUCUCUACCAAACAACAUGUGAGGGAUUAUGAAGAAGCCACUAUAUCACUAAGUACUGACAUCUCUAAGAGCAUUAGUCUGGUUGAAACGAUCUACUCCAAGAGAAAGGAGAAGCUCUUGGCUAAUCAGUUAAAGAAAAGUAUACAAUUCAAAGAUGAAAGAGACAGAAUUGAGAAGGAAUCGAUAGCAAAGUUACGAAAAGAGCACUUACGUGAAUCAGCUUGUGUUCGUAAAAUGCAUCUCAACAGUGAAGUUAGACUUGUUGAACUGAGGAUUGUGGAUCAGGAGUUUAUUAGGAAGGUACAAAUCAUCAGAAAUCAUUUGGAUACAGAGCAAGAGAAGCUCGAUUCCAUGCACAAGGCAGCUAGGAAAGAAGAGAAAGAGCUGAAGUGUCAUUGGUUACAAGAAGCAAAAUCUGGGAAACCUGUGGAUGCAUUUUUUGUUCUCCCGCAGUUAUCAAACUCAUGUCUCAACCUGGAUAUUUUGAAGCAUUGCGAGCAAGGUCAUUCACAAGAACUGAUUUCUGAUGGAACUGUCUCAUUUGGUCUGUGUGAGUCCGAAGUUGUUAGAGGUCAUUCACCGGUAGCAGAGGGCACCAAUCCUACUGAACCACCAGAUAAUUCGUUCAACUCAUCCUUUCACAUCACUGGUCCCCUCCCAUAUAACCAAUCUAAUGAUGACAUCUCUGUUAUUCCACCUGAUGUACAACUUCAACAGCACCCACCCACUAUUUCACCCUCUGAGCCUCUAGGCCCUCUACUGUCUAUGCUGUCAAAUUAUGAGAGAACAGUUUUUACACAAGCUGACCAAUUGCAAGUGUCUACAACAGCCAAUUCAUCCUUUGAGCCCCUCUUGUUGAACAGUUCCAGUAGUGAUGCUUCCGUUUUUCCACAUGCUCUGCAAUUAGAGCUGCCUACAGCCAUGGAUUCAGUCUCCAAGCUUGUUCAGUCAAAUGAAUCUGAAGAAAACAUUCCACUUGAUGUGCAACUACAACGGCCUCUGCCGACAGAUCCACCAUCCGAACCUGGAAGUGGUACACCUGUAUCAGAAAACUCUAUGCUGUGUCAAUGGGCUAAAGUAGGCAAGCACGUUCAAUUUCUGAAAUUCGACAAAGAAUUGGCAAGUAUUUCUAAGGACACACAUGAACCACCAGAAACAGAAAAUGAUCUGGAAAGAAGGGAAAUAAUGUCGGGCGAAUCACUGGCCCAGAGGAGAGGGCGUGAUAGAGAAGCGCAACAUCAGACAAAGAUGGAAACAAAAGAUUGUCGUAGCAUACAGGUGCAACGACAUAAUGAGGGGGAACUACAAGGGCGGCGUGACAUAGAACCUCAACAACCGCAUCAUUGUUGCAAUACAUUUGCACCACAACCACCAAAUUAUCGGGAAAGAGAAGAGCAACAACAGUUCAGAGAGGGUAAAAGAAAGACUAUUGAUGGAGAGGUGGGUAGAUACACGCUUUCAAACGAUGAAGGGAAUCUGCAGACGAAUACAGGACUACCUGAUGAAGCUAGACCAAUUAUUAAUCGACGGGCAAUUGCUCACAGGAAGCAUAGCGAGAGAGAAGCAGAACAAGCACGCCAGUGUGUUGAGAUGGGAGCUCAACAAACAAAAAUAAUUCAAGAAAGAACCACACCAAUGCCGCCGAGGAAUAUAGGACUAAGGCCUAAUCGACGGGCAGUUGCUCAAAGGAAGCGUCGCGAGAGAGAAGCAGAACAAGCACGCCAGUGUGCUGAGAUGGAAGUUGCUCAAAGGAAGCGUCUCGAGAGAGAAGCAGAACAAGCACGCCAACUCGCUGAGAUGGGAGCACAACAAGCAAAAAAAAUUCAAGAAAGAACCACAAGAAUGUCGAGAAGAUCACUGGCCCAGAGGCGGAGGCGUGAGAGAGAAGCACAUGGAAGGGAGAUGGGAGCUCAGAAGAAGAAGGCAGUCAACACAAGUUUUAACAGGGUUACUGGGUCACUCGGAUCACAUCAAGGAGGACAUUUAGGAACCAUACAGAAUCAGUCGUCUUGUCAUCAAAAUCCUGCUCCUGCAGCUGCAACCACAAUUUCAACUUCUACAGCUACCCAAUCACCAGAGAAGGUUGUCCAGCAUUCACCAGCGAUAUUUUCGAGCAACAGACCUUUCUCCUGCUCUCGGGGGCCUACGGUAAACUAUCAAGUAGGAAGCCUCGACUCAUCUGACCUCUUAGGAGGUCGAACAAGAAGUGAUUCGCAUGGUCCUGCUACAGCACCACUUCUUACCUGUCUCACUGCUAACAUAUAUGAUAUACCACAUUCUGUUUACCCACGGAGGAAGUAAAAGAUGGCCUUGUUUGCAGCAGCAAAAAUGCGUCUCUUGUCAACUUUCCUGUCUUCAUUUCAGAUAGUACUCUGGGGUCGUCUGAUAACUAAAGGGUUAAAAAGUUUGUAUGCAACUGUUCUUUUAACUAAAUGGAGUAGUACAGUGUAGAUGUACCUUAAUUGCAAAA